GGGUGGAGGAGGAGGAGGAGGAGGAGGAGGGGGAGGAUCAGGAGCAGGAGCAGGAGCAGGAGGAGCAAGAGUGUGUUAGGGGUUCAGGCACAGAGGCUAUGAGCGUAUACUCUGUAACCCUGAGCGGCCCAGCGCCGUGGGGCUUCAGGCUGCAGGGGGGCAAGGACUUCAGCAUGCCACUCACCGUGUCGAGGCUGACCCCGGGCGGUAAGGCAGCUCAGGCUGGUGUCGGAGUAGGAGACUGGGUGGUGUCCAUCAGUGACACUAAUGCAGAAGACAUGACCCACGUGGAGGCACAGAACAAGAUCAGAGCAGCAACAGACUCCCUCACCCUCACCCUCAGCAAAGCUUUCAAAGCGGGUGGAGAACAGAAGGACUCACUUGCUCCGGCUUCUGUGCAGCCAAAGUACUCCUUUGCCCCCAGCACAACCAUUAACAAGAUGGCGAGGCCAUUUUCAGCAGGUGGUGGUAGUGCUAACUCAGGACCUGCUAUUAAACCUGUGGCCUACUCCCCUAAACUUAACACCCCAAGCUCACAGGGCCGUGCCAGUAUGCAGCAGCCACAGAAUGGGCAUGGCCUCAGGAUGGAGAACCUGCCCUGUUUUAUCCCCAACGACCGCAGCAAGAAGAGGCUGAUCCAGGACACUGAGGACUGGCAGCCCCGCACCGGCACCACCCAGUCCCGCUCCUUCCGCAUCCUGGCCCAGCUCACAGGCACCGACUUCAUGCAGGAUCCAGAUGAUGAAAUCAUGAAGAGGUCCAGCCAACUCCCUCACCUGCCAAGGCCCAGCCCAGCAGCAUCCAGCUCCAAGACUGCUGCAGCAGGCAGUUCAGGCCCUUCCUCUCGACCACCGUGGGUCACUGACCCUAACUUCGCCGACCGCUUUCGCCCAGACAAGACCAGCACAGUUGUGACUCAGCACCAGCAGCCGGCCCAUCCGACGCCUAUGCAGAACCGCAGCUCCAUCCUGCAGGCUGCGCAGCAGGCCACUGAGGACAGCGGGAGCACCCCGGUAUGUGGUGCCUGCAACAAAAUCAUAAGGGGUCGGUAUCUGGUAGCGCUGGGGCGUUCUUGGCAUCCGGAGGAGUUUACGUGUUCACAGUGUAAGGCGGUCCUGGACGAGGGGGGCUUCUUCGAGGAGAGGGGGUCCGUCUACUGUACCAAGUGCCACGAUAACCGAUAUGCUCCAAACUGCGCAAAGUGCAAAAAGAAGAUCACAGGGGAAAUCAUGCAUGCCCUGAAGAUGACUUACCAUGUUGAGUGUUUCAAGUGUGCAGCCUGCAAGACUGCAAUCAGGAACCAAGCCUUCUAUAUGGAGGAGGGCGAACCCUACUGUGAGAAAGACUAUGAGAAGAUGUUUGGCACCAAAUGCCAUGGCUGUGACUUUAAGAUUGAUGCCGGCGAUCGGUUUCUGGAGGCCUUGGGCUACAGCUGGCAUGAUACGUGCUUCGUCUGUGCUCUCUGUCAAAUCAACCUGGAGGGGAAGACGUUCUACUCGAAGAAGGAUAAGCCCCUGUGCAAAGGCCAUGCCUUCGCUCCAGUGUGAAAGAGCGAGCUUCAUCUGCAGAGGAAGUAACGCUUCUCUCUCUCCCUGCUCUUUACCCCACUCCGCCCUCCGGCACUCGUACACAUUCUACUUCUCUUCUUUCCAACCACACAGCGAGUCACACUCAGCCUUCCGUGUAUCCUACAGACUUUGUUUCAAUAUUUGAGGCUUACUUUUACCUUCACAUGCUGUUACUUUAAUAGGACACACAUGUUACUGCCUGUAAUACCAAAUGCUGUGUUGUAUAACUGGAAGUAGUCAAGGAAUUGUUUCAUGUCACCACUAAUCUGAUGACUAUACGUCCUUUUUUUUAGAUCGGACAAUAAAAAGUGCAGCUGCAGUUAAUCUAGAUUUAAAAUUAAUCAACUCUACUAAUCUCAUCCUUGUUCAACCUGAAGUGAGAUUAAGUCAGUAUCUUGCAAGGUGAAGGAGUCAUUUAGCUUUUAAUAAUCUUACAUAUUGCAGUAAUGAUCUGCCUCUCCUGCUGUUCUAAGUGUAGAAGUGGUGGCUCCCUUCAGGACCUGGCUGCCUCACUUACUGCUUACUAUUAAUGUAAUGGGGGUCCAGUGGAGCACAAAGGGGUGUCCUUUUUCCGCUUGACUGGACUUCUCCACAGAAGCACUCAGCAGAAUGUGCUCUGAUGGAGAAGUAAAGUAGUUAAUAACUGUAAUUUUGAGUCAUGUAAUAAUCCUCAAUCGCUCCAAUUUUUAAUGGUCACAGAUGUGGGUGACAAAAAGAAAAGUCUUAUUUUAAAUGUUUCACUCUAGCCUAGUCUUUUGGACUUAUCAUUUAUUGGACAUGUUAUUGUCACGUUACUAUGCUAUUGGGAUUAUUCCUUAGAGUACUUUCAAAUCAUGGUUGAAUUUGUAUUUAUAUUGCUUCAUAAUGGGUCUGUAAGUGUAUUGUUAUAGCUGUGGGACUUUAAAAUAUAAUCUAGUAAUGCCGAGUGCUGGAGCAGAACACCGAGCUGAACACAUCUGUAAUAUUUUCUAUUGUCUGAUGUUUUUGCUCUUUGCUCUCACCAACACCUGCUCCCAACACGAGGACAAUGGACUCAUGUUUUUGUUGUUUUGUUGGAGUUCUUUUUCCUAACAUUUUUUACUUUACCCAAACAGCUGUUGUAACAAGUCCCUAGUGAAUCCCUUCAAUGUUUCCAUGUAGAAAUAAAUAAUUUUACAAUAGC